AUGUCCAAACUAGACGUUAGCUGCGGCCCAAACGCUGUCCUCAAGACUCAAUCAAGUGAUGUGCUGUACCGGAAUGCGUCCACGGGGCUGAAAGCCUCGCAAACUACCGAAUGUCUUGGAUUCAUACGCGAUAAGAUCCUUCCUGCCGCGAUGUCAGAUUUAGACUUUGAUUCCUGCUUCAUUCGGUACGUUACCAAGAACACGAAGACCGGUGACUACGCCACCGAAAUGAUAGCACAACUAGCUCAGAAAAAGACUGUCGUGGUUUACUCUUACGGGUCUCACAUCCAAAGAGCAGUGACUACUCUAGAGUUGGUCAAGUCUCGAGCGAAGCUUGAGAAUUUAGAACAGAAAAACACGCUCGACCGGUUUGUAAACGUUGUGCCAGGCAGAAACGAGCUUUUAGACCGAAAGAUCAACCUACCGAUCCUAAUAUCCAUCGUUUCUCAGAAGGACAAAUGA